AUGUCGAGUAGCGAGGCGGCAAACCCAGACCCCAGUGUCGUCCCCCAAGACCCUGUCGAGGUUAAGGGCGAAGUUGAACCCAUCAAGCCUUCGCAGCACCCGGCAUUGAACAAGGUGCCCAAGGAAGUCAAAAGUACCAUUUCCCACGCAGACGAGAUCAUUCUGCGCAUCAGCAAGUUGGUCAAGACUACCGCAGGCCUCGGUGCCGCUCUGUCCACUCUCAACUAUGCCAUCUAUCUCGCCGCAUACCUCGAGACCAAGGCUCCCUCCCGCGCUGCCAUCAUUGCAUACAUCUCACGCCUCAUCGGUCGCACACCUUCGAAGCUCCCUGCUGCCGCUGUAGGUCCGGCCGGCGCUACCUCGUUCCUCACCCCGCUGGGAGCUCUUGUGUCUGAUACCCGUACAUCGCUGCGCUUGAUUGGAUUGCUGCCCUUAUACAUCUGGAUGAAGACGCUUUUGUCCAAAAAAGCCGCGGCCGAUAUGGACCCGGCCCUCCGGCGGGUGGCGCUGCUACAAUGUGGGGGAUACAUCGGUUUCCAAGCCCUGGAAAACGUAUACCACCUGGCCGGCAAGGGCGUCGUGCCUCUCUCAUUCAUCGAAAAGCGAGGAGGUGUCGCCAAGUGGGUUGCAUGGAGCUGUCGUGCAUGGUGUGUGGGAGUAGCCAGCGACUUCCUCCGCCUGUGGCGCGAAGCUGAGAUCGAAAAGGGAAAGCAGAGCAGCAAGUCGGCCAAGGAGAGGGAAGACUACGAUCGCAAGUGGUGGAACGAGUUCAUGGUUGCGGCAUAUUGGAUGCCUGUCGCUCUUCACUACAGCCUGUACCCCGAGGGCCUUCCAGGCAUGAAUACGGGGUUGGUCGGCUUUUUUGGCCUGAUGGCCGGUCUCAACAACUUCAGGAACCAGUGGGCUGCCACUGCUUGA